AUGGGUGUCCCCAAAUUCUUCCGAUGGAUAUCGGAGCGAUAUCCAGGAAUCUCCCAGCUCAUUGCCGAGAACCGAAUCCCCGAAUUCGACUGCCUUUACCUUGAUAUGAAUGGCAUCAUCCAUAACUGUACCCAUAAAGACGCUGGAGAAGAUGUCUCUUUCCGUCUGAGUGAGGAGGAGAUGUUCAUCCGUAUUUUCAACUACAUCGAACACCUGUUUGGCAAGAUCAAGCCCAAGCAACUCUUUUACAUGGCCAUCGAUGGCGUGGCUCCCCGCGCAAAGAUGAACCAGCAGCGCGCUCGCCGAUUCAGGACUGCGCUUGACAAUGAAAAGGCCCGUGACAAGGCCAUUGCCGAAGGCGUCGAGCUCCCUAAGGAGCCCCCUUUCGACAGCAACUGUAUCACUCCAGGAACCGAGUUUAUGGCGAAGCUGACCCAGCAGCUGAGAUACUUCAUCGCCAAAAAGGUCUCAGAAGACUCGGACUGGCAGGGCUGCGAGGUUGUCCUGUCGGGUCAUGAAGUGCCUGGUGAAGGAGAGCACAAGAUUAUGGAAUACAUCAGGAACGCAAAAGCUCAACACGAUUACAGCCCCGAUAUUCGUCAUUGCUUAUACGGAUUGGACGCGGAUCUCAUCAUGUUGGGUCUGCUUAGCCACGACCCGCAUUUUUGUCUCCUUCGAGAAGAGGUCACCUUUGGACGCGCUUCCAAAUCCAAGUCCAAGGAGCUGGAGCACCAAAAUUUCUAUCUGCUCCACCUCUGCAUUCGCGUCAUCGACGACUUCAUCCUCAUGGCCUUCUUUGUCGGAAACGAUUUCCUGCCCAAUCUCCCCUGGCUCCAUAUUAACGAAGGCGCUCUUGCCUAUAUGUUCCGGAUAUACAAAAAGGUUCUGCCUCAGUGCGAAGGCUACAUCAACGAGCUCGGUGUUAUCAACCUGAAGCGUCUCGAGUUGCUCUUGAACAAUCUGUCGCAGGUCGAGUUUGACCACUUUGAGGGAGACGUGGCAAACGAGAAAUGGUUCCAGUCGAAGCAGAUCGACGACAACCUGGGCCAUCUUGGUUCGGUUAAAAAGACGCCCAAAGGCCAGCUCGUCCUCACGUCGGUCCAACGAGAUCUUUGGAAGAAGAAGAUCAAGCCCUUUAUCACCAACCGAGACUCGAAGCCACUGAAUUUUGGCCCGGGCCUCAAGGCCGAGGACCGCGAGUUUGUCAAGACGUUGGCUGACACGUUGCGACUGCCCUGGUCUACUGAGGAGGACGAAAACGGAAACCGAAACCUUGUGAUGCAGUUCCCUCCUAAGCCGGAGGGUGCGCAGGGCCAGGAGGACGAUGACGACGAUGACGACGAUGAGGAAGCGAAUAUGGCCGUCUUCCGUGUAGUCAAGCAGUACGACCGGGCAUUGGUUGUGGAUAUCUCGUCGGAGCAAGCUCAGGCUGGCUAUGACAAGGUCUAUCAGGAGAAGUAUCAGGGCUGGAAGUCCAAGUACUAUCUUCAAAAGUUCGAGUGGCCUUUGGAGUCCUACGACGCCGAGCUCAUUAAGCUGUGCGAAAACUACGUUCAGGGGUUACAGUGGGUGCUGUACUACUACUAUCGUGGAAUCGCCUCGUGGCCUUGGUUCUACGCCUACCACUACUCUCCCCUCAUGUCAGAUGUCGUCAAGGGUCUCGGUGCCGACCUAAACUUCAAGAAGGGCGAGCCUUUCAGGCCCUACGAGCAGCUCAUGGGUGUGCUUCCCGAUCGCAGCAAGAGCAUCGUCCCUACCGUCUAUUGGGAGCUGAUGACUGACCCCAAGUCGCCCAUCUAUGACUUUUACCCGCGAGAUUUCGAGUUGGACAUGAACGGCAAGAAGAUGGAUUGGGAAGCCGUUGUGAAAAUUCCCUUCAUUGAUGAAAAGAGGCUGCUGAGCGCCAUGGGGCCCAAAAACAAGCUUCUGUCUGCCGAUGAAGACGCGAGAAACCAGUUUGGUGUCUCCCUCAAGUUCACGUACUCGGCAGACGUUGACUUUGUCUACCCGUCAUCCCUUGUGGGCGUCUUUCCCGAUUUGCCCAACUGCCAUUGCGUCGAAAACAUCUUUGAGCUUCCCGAUACCCAAGGCCUAGAGUACAAGGUCGGACUUGUUAAAGGUGCCAAGCUAAACGUCGAGGCGCUUGCAGGAUUCCCAACGCUCCACACCCUUCCGUACGAGGGUGUCCUCGUCGAGGGCUACGGCGUCAAUGUCUUCCAGUCGGAGAGCCGAAACCCCAGCAUGAUUGUCACCCUCACCGACUCAGAUGCUAGGUCGCAGCCGGAACAGGCCAUCAAGAAGCUCGGGCAGCGAUGCUUUGUUGGCUAUCCUUUCCUCCAGGAGGCCAAAGUCAUCAAGGUGUCUGACUCCCAUUUCAACUAUGAGCUUGAUGGCAACGGACGACUCUCCCAAACGCCCUUGACCGGCAAGGAGCUGAACGAUUUCCCCAAAGAGGCCAACUAUAUUGAAAACUGGCACGCUCGUCGGCUUGGCAUCACCAUUGGCACCGUGGAGGCCCUCAUCCACGUGCACAUGCUCAAGGGCCUCACGAAGACGGAAGCCGGGGCGCUCAUCAAAGAAUAUGGCGAGAACCCCAGUCUGCGUAGCACCUAUGCUGCGCAAACCGUCGUUGAUGAGGUUGUGAACGAGGAUGAGCGCUUCAUCGAGAAAGCGGCCGUUCCCAUCGAGGAGGAGUACCCAGUGAACACGCAGGCCUUCUUCCUCGGCGACUUCAACUACGGCAGGCCCCUCAUUGUCACGGGCCACUCGAACAACAAGGCGGAAAUCAAGCUUUCCGUUUUGAAACAUAAGGAGCCCGACUUCUCCAAGACCAUCAUUCACGACGCGCUCCGCAACAACCGCUACGUUCCAUCGUUUGCGGUGGCCAAGAAGCUAGGAAUCGACGCUUUGGUGCUCAGCAAGAUUACGUCGUCCUACCAAGUCAAUGCCGUGGGAGGUUUGAGAGUCAACCUAGGUCUAAACCUCAAAUUCGCCGCCAAGGGCCAAAAGGUGCUGGGAUACUCGCAAAAGUCCCAGUCCGGUUGGGAGUUUAGCAGCACGGCCAUCCAGCUGAUUGCGAGCUUCAUGGUCACGUUCCCCGACUUUUUCGCCGCCAUGCACAAGGUUGCCGUGAAGAGCGACGUGGCAGACACGGAUCUUUGGCCAGACCCAAAGGUCGCAGGAGCCCGGAUCAAGGAAAUUGGCGCCUGGUUGAAGCAGCAGGGAAUUAACAAGCUCGAACGUGUGCCUUUGGAGGCGGAGCAGCUCGACUCAGAUGUCCUCCUCCUGGGCAACCAGGCGUUUACCCUUGGCGACCGCGUCACGUAUGUUUCGGCUGCUGGCAAGGUCCCUCUUAGCGUUCGCGGCACGGUGGUGGGUAUCUCGCGUACCGCCACGGCAUUGCUCCUCGAUGUGGUUUGGGAUCAGGCGUUUAUGAGUGGAAACACGCUUGGCGACCGGACCCCACCGUUCCGAGGCCAAACGGUGCCGGCGUCCACAGUGCUCAACACAACGAAUAAGCAGGUAGUGGCAGGAUCAAAGGCGGCCCUCGGAAGGAAUCCAGUUAGGCCCGUCUCCACCUUGACCACUAGUUCGUAUGACACAACGGGUAUGCCCCAGUACAGGGACGCGCCCCCCUCCGGCUCUCCGGGGAGGCUGGAGCGGAGCUGUCAAUGGACGGGGAGAGGAAAUGGACAAGGACGCGGAAACCGCGGAGGGCAACCUGGUGUGGUGGCCAACCUCGCCCAUCGUCCUCACCCCAAUGCCGGGGCCCGCCACGGUGACCAAGGGCCUGGCCCUACCAGCAACGGUAGGGGCGGCCGGGGACGGGGACGUGGUGGCCACGCCGGCCCCACCUCUGGUGUCGAGUCCUCCGCGCCUGCGCAGACGCAGCAGCAGAGCCAGGGCCAAGGCCAAGGCCAGUACAGCGCGGUGCGCCCCGAGGCCGAGGAGGUGGCAACCGCGGUCGCGGUGGAGCGCCCAACGGAUCCCCGCCGCCCCGCCGUCUUAGAUGAACAUCGCGGAGGGAGAUACCUCGCGCAUCUUUGA